AUGGCAGUGGCUCGAUCUUCUUCCGUCCUACGGCAGAAAAAAAUGCUCAAAUUCGCUGUUCCGUGCUUGCUGCUGCUCGCUGUUGUGUUUUUCGUGUACAACAAAGACAAAAAACACGAAAGCGAAGAAACGAAUGUCCUUACACGGUUAGAUCUGCCAUGGAGAAGCAAGAAAGGGUUCCCACGCAAAGAAGAUUACGAGAAAGAAUAUCCGUUGUUGCUGGAAAAUGAGCAGUUGGUAGUUUGCUACGAAAGUUACACAGACCACCGGAAGUCAUUGUACACUACAACCAGCUUGUCCGAGACAACGGAAGAGCCCAGCACUACACAACGGAACCAUCAACAGCACCAGCAACUAUUGCAAUCGUUGCAACUGUUCAAUGGGACCGAACCGAUGAUAUAUUUUGUUACGCCGACCUACCCGAGACGGGAGCAGAUACCGGAAAUAAUUCGACUCGGACAAACGCUGAUGCACGUGGCCCGGCUGCACUGGAUCGUGGCCGACGACACGAGCAGUUGUAGCGCUACGUUAAACAGUCAUAUUAAAAAGUUUGGCAUACCGUACACCCUGCUCGCUAGCCCCAUGCCAGAGAUGUACCGUGCUCGGAAGAAUGCACCCCGCGGUGUCGCCAAUCGACGUGCGGCACUAAACUGGAUACGGCAAAAUCAGAAGAAAACGGGCGUCCUCUACUUUGGCGAUGACGACAACACGUUCGAUCUGAAGCUAUUUAGUGAGAUUCGGUACACGAAGAAAGUUUCUAUGUUUCCGGUGGGACUGAUUGGGGACUACGCCAUCAGUACGCCCAUCGUGCGAAACGGUCGCGUGGAGGGUUUCUUCGAUUCGUGGCCGGCCAAACGUAAGUGGCCAGUGGAUAUGGCCGGGUUUGCGGUCAGUCUCGAGUACCUGGCACUCAGCCCUAACGCAACGAUGCCGUACAAGGCCGGCUAUGAGGAGGACGAAUUUUUGAAGAGCAUCGGGCUGAAGCUGGAAGACAUUGAGCCGAAGGCGCGCAACUGCACGGAAAUUCUCGUGUGGCACACGCAAACGAAGAGCAGCAAAUCGCCGACCGUACGAAUCUCAAUGGACCGGCAGAAGUUAGAUAAGCUGAAUCUGGGCACACUGUUGAGCCGGCUGGAAAGCAUGGGAGUGAAUCAUAUCAGCGAAUCGGAAGGAACCACAGCCCAGGCCAUUGUGAAUGGCAGUGUCAAACCUUUGUCGUUUUGGUUUAGCUAA